UGCUGCCCGCCGCGGGCCCCGGGGCGCCGGGGCGCUGAGCAACAGUUGGCCCCGCCGCCGCCCAGCAUGAAAGUGUGCCGGCGGAAGGCGCUGGCGCUGUGCCUGGGCUACGCGCUGCUGCUGCUGCUCGCCGCGCUCAACCUGCUGGAGUACAAGUGGCGGCGGGAGCCGCGGCGCUGCGGGGAGUCCCCGGCAGCCCCCCGCCACCACCCCCCGCCGCCGCCGCUACCGGCCGGGAGCCGCGGCCCGGCGAGCGCCCGGCGGCAGCUGGUCUAUGUCUUCACCACCUGGCGCUCGGGCUCGUCCUUCUUCGGGGAGCUCUUCAACCAGAACCCCGAGGUCUUUUUCCUCUACGAGCCGGUGUGGCACGUCUGGCAGAAGCUGUACCCCGGUGACGCCGUCUCUCUGCAAGGGGCGGCCCGCGACAUGCUGAGCUCCCUGUACCGAUGCGACCUCUCCGUCUUCCAGCUCUACAGCACGGCGGGCGCCGGCAAGAACCUCACCACGCUCGGCAUCUUCGGGGCGGCCACCAACAAGGUCAUCUGCUCCUCGCCCCUCUGCCCGGCCUACCGCAAGGAGGUGGUGGGCAUGGUGGACGACCGAGUGUGCAAAAAGUGUCCCCCGCAGCGCCUGAGCCGCUUCCARGAGGAAUGCCACAAGUACCGCACGCUGGUCAUCAAGGGCGUACGUGUCUUCGACCUGGCCGUGCUCGCCCCGCUCAUGCGGGACCCGACCCUGGACCUCAAAGUCAUCCAUCUGGUGCGGGACCCCCGGGCCGUCGCCAGCUCCCGCAUCAAGUCCCGGCACGGCCUCAUCCGGGAGAGCCUGCAGGUGGUGAGGAGCCGGGACCCCCACAUCCACCGCAUGCCCUUCCUUGAUGGCCACAAGCUGGGCGGCAAGAAGGAGGGGGGAGGCGGCUCGGACUACCAUGCCCUGGGUGCCAUGGAGGUGAUCUGCAGCAGCAUGGCCAAGACCCUKCAGACUGCUCUGCACCCCCCUGACUGGCUCCAGGGCAACUACAUGGCCGUGCGCUACGAGGACCUGGUGGUYGAGCCCAUCAAGACCCUGCGGCAGGUAUACGGCUUUGUGAAUCUGGCGGUCAGCCCGGAGAUGGAGAAGUUCGCCCUCAACAUGACCAGUGGCCCCGGCUAUUCCUCCAAGCCGUUCGUGGUGUCGGCCAGGAACGCCACCCAGGCGCUGAGUGCCUGGAGGACUGCGCUCAGCUACCAGCAGAUCAAGCAGGUCGAGGAGUACUGCCACCAGCCCAUGGCCCUGCUGGGCUACGAGCGGGUGGGCAGCCCCGAGGAGGUGAAGGACCUCAGCAGAACGUUGCUCAGGAAGCCGCGGCUGUGACGGGGCAGCGGCGCCCGCCGGCCGCCCGGGGGUGGCUGAGCCCCGCGCAGAGGAGCCGCUCCGGCUGCCUUGACUGAGGGAGGGAGCCGGGAGAGGCAACCUGGUUUCCGAUUUCCUUCAAAGACUGCUGAAGGGUAACAUACAGUAAUGUGAUUUCUUUCUUCCUUCCUUUUUUUUUUUUCUUUUUUUUUUU